CGGUUGGAAAAUUUUAAAAUCCAGCCAGGCCAAAUAAAGUUUACUGACCCCAGGAGAAGACAAAAGGUGGUGCAGCAGCCACGAAGGGGGAGGGGGAAAGGUGAAAGCGAAGGAGGUCGCAUAUCGAUUAAACACGCGGAAAGGGGAGGUGGGCGGGUGCGCUGGCAACACGUUUGAUUACCGCGUGUAAAUAACAACAACACGAAGACUGCAAAAGUUGCAAGGACUCUUUAGUUGGACGUUGUGCAACAAUCACAUGUUACAGAAGCCCCCAUGGAAAACCCAAAGGCCGAAGAACAGACGCCACCGGUUCCAAAAGCCCAGGCACCGGAGAAACCCAUUCGCAAGAGGAAUCAAGUCAAAAUUCAACCCAAAAUCAGGACGCCUAAGAAAACACCCACCGCCAUACUCUGCGAACUGACUCGUUUAAAGGCCCAGCAAAAAUAUCUCGAGUGUAAUCAAGUCAAGCUAAACCCUAAUAAUUUUAUUAUUCACAAUGAUGAGGAAAUUGAUACAGAUCCACAGCCAGGGGAUGAAGGAGUUGCUUCGGAUAACCCGGAAACUAGCCGAAAUCCUCGUCCCACCAGCUCUUCCACUGCAGACCUUAUAAGACUGAUCAACGAAGCCGAACAGGAGAAACUCGUGCUCAAUGAAAAGUUACUCCAAUAUCGCAAUGCAAAGCGUGACGAACUCCAGGACAUGUGGCACUUUGUGGGCACCAUAAAGGAGGACGUCUUUCGGCCAGAACGUCUUAGCCAGUAUACAGUUAAUGCUCUGAGGGAAAAAAUCAUUGGCGUAAAUGCCCAAUUGAAUCGAUUAGCCGAUCAAAACUCUAAGGAACUUGAAGAGUUGAAAGAGCAGUACGAGAAAUUGGAUCGGGAGAAUAAGAUCUUAUGGAAAAGCGGUAUUUAGGUUAGAGCUUAAACAUUUUCUAUCACUUUCAUAAAUAUCUUUUGAUUAAA